AUGAAGAGUUGCCCACAGAAGUCCACACGGUGGUUGCUAAAUUGGGUUGGCCUACUCUGCGUUAUCGGUCAAUGCCAUGCUUUGGAUGUCUUUAGUCGCUUUCGCGUCGAACAAGGCCAGGGCCUUAUCACACGGUCUGGAACAAAUGGCUACGGCGGCUCUUGCUAUGACAUCGAUGCAGACCUGAGUGCUAUAUAUACCGAGGCAAUCGAUAUGGCGCAGGUAGCUUUGGAUGCCCUAAACAAUUAUGCCACCAGUGCCACUGUGCGCGCGAGUGUACAAACAUUCUUCGGAAUAAAGCCGGACUCAUCAUCACCCGCUACAGUCUCGGCCUCUGACGCUCAAUAUUUCACAAACGUUAAAAAUACUUUCGAAAAGAUUGUUGCAUUCUCUACGCAGUCAACGGGUCAGACACCAGGUCUUUUCUGUGACGACAGCUGGCGUUGGAAGACACAGAUGAUGUAUGCAUCUGAUGGGAAAAUGACUAGCACGUCGGUUUAUAGGGAAACAGGCGAGAAGAUCAUCGCCGAGGGAAUACCACUGCGAGCAGCUCUAUCUAUCCCUGCUACCUUUAUGCAUGAGCUAUCUCAUUAUGUCACCGUUGGCGCUGUCACGGAUGUUCCGUUCACCACCGCCAGCGGGGCCAAAACGACGGCUUAUGGACCGGAGAAUGUCAGUCUACUAGCCAGGUCAUCGACAGAUUUCGCCACCAAAAAUGCAGAUAGCUAUACUUGGUUUGCUACUGCUAUGUAUCUUGACCAAUGCGACUGGUCACGAACAAUAUGCGCUAAAAGCACCGCCACAAGCACUGUCACUGCUCGUUCGGAUAAUCACACUAGCUCCUACGUUUCCGGCUUGCGAAGCUUUAAGCGAAGAAUAUUGUUUCCUCGUCUACCAAUAGACUUUGAAAGUGGGCUGGUGUGA